CCGACGUCUUAGAAGAUCUUAAGUGCAACAAUGAGCAGCAACGAGUGUUUCAAGUGUGGACGCUCUGGCCAUUGGGCCCGAGAAUGCCCAACUGGAGGAGGCCAUGGCCGAGGAAUGCGGAGCUGUGGAAGAGGUUUCCAGUUUGUUUCUUCACCUCUUCCAGACAUCUAUUACCGUUGUGGUGAGUCUGGUCAUCUUGCCAAGGAUUGUGAUCUUCAGGAGGAUGAAGCCUGUUAUAACUGCGAUAGAGGUGGCCAUAUUGCCGAGGACUGCAAAGAACCAAAGCAGGAGAGAGAGCAGUGCUGCUACAACUGUGGCAAACCCGGCCACUUGGCUCGCGACUGUGACCAUGCAGAUGAGCAGAAGUGCUAUUCGUGUGGAGAGUUUGGACACAUUCAGAAAGAUUGCACCAAAGUGAAAUGCUAUAGGUGUGGUGAAACUGGUCAUGUAGCCAUCAAAUGCAGCAAGACAAGUGAAGUCAAUUGUUAUCGCUGUGGCGAGUCAGGGCAUUUUGCAUGGGAAUGCACAAUUGAGGCUAUAGCUUAAUUAUUUUCC